AUGAUCGCAAAACCACCCAUCGCCUUCUCUCCGGUGAUAGGAAAUCCACCCAUCAUGGCGUCUCCGAUCAUCGGAAACCCACCCAUCGCCGUUCCUCCGGUGAAUCCACCAAUCAGGGUCCCUCCGAACUCCGGAAAACCACCCAUCGCCAUCCCUCCGGUGAUCGGAAAUCCACCCAUCACGGUGCCUCCUGUGAUCGCAUACCCACCGGUAACAGGUCCCCCGGUGAUCCAACCACCUCCCGUAGGCGGAAGCACACCCAGCCCGCCGCCGGCGCUUGCACCAGCGAACCCGCCUCCGGCGAUCUGCCCGGCGGACAACCUCAAGAUGGGGGCGUGCGUGGAUCUGCUCGGCGGGCAACCUCAAGUCGGUGACCCAGUGGCCAACCAGUGCUGCCCGCUGCUGCAGGAGCUGGAGGCAGCCGUCUGCCUCUGCACCACCAUCAAGCUCAAACACCUCGACAUCAGCGUCUACUUCCCCCUAGCCCUCCAACUCCUCCUCACCUGCGGCAAGGCUCCGCCGCCCGGCUACACCUGCAUCCUCUAG